UGGAUUAUAUGGAGCAAAUGGAUUACCAAGAUAUUUUGAGAAAUGUUUCAUCAGAGAUGUGGCCCUUAAACAAAUCUUACGAAGGUCUGGAUUAUGGCCCAAUAAUAGAACAAACGCUAACAAAGGAAUCAAAUUCGGAAUUGCCGUUCUGGGUGCAAGCAGCAUGGACUUCAGUGUUCGCUCUUAUGAUAUUAAUUGCAACAGGUGGUAACUGCAUCGUAAUAUGGAUAGUUAUAGCCCACAGAAGAAUGAGAACAGUAACCAACUAUUUUCUCGUAAAUCUCAGCACAGCAGACCUUCUCUUGACACUUUUCAAUUGCAUAUUUAACUCCAUAUACAUGAUACAAAGAAAUUGGCCCUUUGGAACACUGUAUUGCACAAUAAGUAAUUUUAUUGCCUACGCAACUGUAGCUGCCAGUGUCUUCACAUUGACAGGAAUAUCAUGUGAUCGGUAUCUAGCUAUUGUUUAUCCUCUCCAACCAAGAAUGUCUAAAACUUCUUCUCUGGUCACAAUUUUCUUUAUAUGGACAGCCAGCAUGGUCAUUGCUUUUCCUUGUUUGCUGUAUUCAGCGACUGUAUCACACACCCAUCGUGACGUGGAAAGGGUGGGCUGCAUAAUGAUCUGGCCUGAUAAAAAAGUAGUCGGAUCAAAAUAUGACUUGUGGUAUCAAAUGCUUUUCUUAUUCAUUACGUACUUAGUUCCGAUGGCACUUAUGUCCAUGUGCUACACCAUUAUGGGUAAAGUCUUAUGGGGUUCCAGAUCCAUUGGUGAACUAACUCAAAGACAAGCCGACGCAAUCCGUAGCAAAAGAAAGGUUGUAAAGAUGUUCAUAUUAGUGGUGUUGAUCUUCGGUUUGUGUUGGCUACCCUACCACAGCUACUUCAUCUACAUCUACUACGACACAAAAGUUAUUUACAGCAAAUACACGCAACAUGUGUAUCUAAGUUUCUACUGGUUCGCGAUGUCAAAUGCCAUGGUCAAUCCUCUAAUAUAUUACUGGAUGAAUGUUGUAAAGAUGUUCAUAUUAGUGGUGUUGAUCUUCGGUUUGUGUUGGCUACCCUACCACAGCUACUUCAUCUACAUCUACUACGACACAAAAGUUAUUUACAGCAAAUACACCCAACAUGUGUAUCUAAGUUUCUACUGGUUCGCGAUGUCAAAUGCCAUGGUCAAUCCUCUAAUAUAUUACUGGAUGAAUGCAAGGUUUCGACAAUAUUUCAGAACAGCCGUUUGUGGAUGGAAGAGAUUCUUUAUAACGAGAGGUUUCAGCGCUAAUUUACAAGCGACACAAAGAUAUUCGCAAAAUUCGAACACAAAGUCUGGUGGUGGUGGCGGUACAGUAAAAUUACAAAUCAGUCCUCCGGUCUAUCGGAAUGGUGACGCACAUCACGCACUUUUGAAUGCUGAUAGCGAUAAAAAUAUUAAUAACAAAAGAGGAAGUACAAAAGCAACAAGAACUACAUCUUUAAAAAAAGAACUUCAACAAACAACUUAUUUGUAAUAAAAUUAUU